GUUUAGCUCAAGCUGGGGGAUGUAGCUCACGUGCCCAGGCUUGGCUCCGAGCGCCUCCUCCAGGCAGCCUCCCAGCUGUCCCCAGGCGGGAUCCUGGCCGUGUGGUGGCCCCGGCCUCUCUGGGCAUCCCCUGUCACGGUCGCUCUGGCUGUGCUGUCUUGUCUCCAUAUGUUUCGUUGGCUGCUGUCACCAGUAGGCUGAGGGCUCUGCAGGCGGGGCUGUCUGACGCCCUGGGCCGGGCACCGAGUAGGGCCGGCAGGUGCGGGGCUGGGCGGCGCUGCAGCCCCCGAGCCCUGCCCUCAUUGUAUAGUAAUGACCGUAACAGCUCUGCUUUGUGCGACCCUCUCUGCACGCUGCGCACAGCCAGCAUCGGGUCCGCGGGAACCGGUGCGUGGGGUGGCUGGACCCCAGAGCUACGCUCUCUGCACGCAGGAGAGGGAGGGGGAGGAGGUGCACAUCCCACAGCGAGUGAGAGGGGACCCUGGGGGUGGCCGCUAGGCUGUCGCGGAAGCCGUGACACGGCCCUUGAGAGCUCGCCUCUGGGCGGCCGGCGUGGGACAGGCACAGGUGUGGGGCUCAGAGCCCAUGGCGGGCCGUGCGGAGGAGGCUGUGACCCUGACCCCGUCUCUGUGACAUGGGUCAGAGGGCACAAGUGCUGUGGCCAGGGCCCGCCCGGUGCCGUUCACACACGCUUCGGGUCUCGUCCGCCCAGCUGGCCCCCCCGGAGGCCAGGAAGAAAGGGAGCCCCUGGAUAAUGGGCAGGUGGAAAAGCACCCUCAUACCUGCACGAGGGCUUCCUGGAGGAGGGGAAAGGCGGGCCCCAGAGGCAGGUGCUCAGAAAAGCUCUACGGACACUGGAGUCUGUGGACAGCUGGGCAGCUUCCAGACGUGCCCCCCCCCCCACCCCGGCACCUUACGAUUCAGCGAGACAUCGGCCGGUCCCUGUGAUGUGAAAAGGGGCAGAAUUGCCGUCCGAGAGAAUUAAAAUCAGACUGUGGUGCUCGAAGCAUGGGGUCUGAUGACUUGGAAAACGCCGGCCUCGGACCGGACUUGCUCUCCGGGUUCCUGGGAGUCAGGGCAUCCGCCCCGGUGCUGGGUAGACCUGAGACCCUGGCUGGCGCCACUGCCUGAGGGCCCCGCGACUCUGGGCGGCAGCCGCCUCUGCGUCCAGCGCGUGGCGGUAACACUCACACCAGGAGGGCUCUAACCCACGCAUUUAGCAUCUUCUUGGCAAGUGUGAUGGGAUUUAUUACCGCAGCCUUGUGAGCGUGUGUGGGUGGGGGGAGGGCACUUCGAGACCUCCACGUGGGACUCCACCUUCUGCAAGGGGGCAUCGAGACCCCGGGAGUGACAGGCUCUCCCAGAGGGACUCACAGCCUGGGCAGUGUGGGCCGGCCGCCUACCCAGCCUCCACGAGGGACCCUUGUUUGCAAAGUCCCCUGACCUAGAAAGCUCGUGUUCUUCCUCUGGAGGGUUCCUGGGGUGCACUUGCGGAAUUGGGGUGCACUCCGGAGUUGGGGGUGCACGGUGCAGAAUCGGGCACCCUGUGCUUGGGGCUGCAUUCUCUGGGGUCGGUGCGAUCAGCAGAGUCCGGGUGCGCCGUGCCAAGUCGAGACACCGGAUUGGGGUGUGCCGUGGGGAACUGGGGUGCAUCCUGUGGAGUCUGAGUGCUCUGCAGCGCGGACGAACGCUGGGCACACUCGGGGAGGCCCUGGGAAACCCCCGCCCCCGAACUUGGACCAAGAGCAUAGCUGCGGAGACAAACAGGAUGCGGGGUCUCGGGCCGCAGCAGGGGACAAUGGACAGGAGAGGAAGUGUGUCCAGACCCUGUUAUGGAUGUGGAGCCCAUCUGAGACCUCGUUCAGCACAAUUUCCAGAAAAACAAAGGGAGAAGAGGCCAAGCAUCUGGUGUCGUGCGCACGGUGGGGUUCUGGAGCGCAGGCUGGGGAGCCGGGGGUCCCACCUCACAGGCUCGGGGUGGAGGCCGAGAGGAGCAGGGGGAUGCGUGGAGGGCACGCAGGGGGCAGAGAGGGAGGUCUCCGUGCUGGUGCCCAGGAGCAGCCCCCGGGGUCCCCCGGGCCGUGGCACAGGCCAGCCCCGGGCUGCGAGGGGCAUAACGAGGGGUGGGCAGCCGAGAGCUCUCGUUUGCCUGGAGAGCUCUGCCCCUGGUGUCCGUGGGCCUCGGCCACCGGAGAGCCUGGACACGGGCGUUUGUAAAAUGAACAGACAUUUACGUGCAGCUGUAGCAACCGUCUGCACUUGCUCUGUUAGAGCAAUUCCUGCAUCUAGUUUCAUCCUCGUGAUGACCGAGACUAAGACCGCGGAAUAGCAUCUGACCCCAUCUGGGGCUUCCGUGAGAAUCCAAAACGCCAAGGUCGUGUGGCCAGCGUGGCAGAGCUGACCUUCAAGGUGCUGUCCACGGACGCAGGUGCCCACCUCCUACCCCUUGUGGUAGGAGCCCUCCCCUCCGGUGAGAAGGCCGGAGGGGUGACAGGGGGGCCCGGGGGUGCUGUGGGCCCAUCCGUGGGCAUCCGCAGGUGGCCAGCUGCCCUGCAAAGGGGGCUGGGGCCCCUGGGUCUGGAUGGGGGAGGCAGGCCCGCCCCGGAGAGUGGCCGCAGGAGAGGAGCACCCAUCCUGCAGAGGGGGGGCAAGGAGAAUCCAACUUCCAAUGCACAGUGGGUCCUUCACACGGACGAGGGCAUCACCGGUCCCCAGGGCUGUGAGGGCAGAGGCACAGGGCGCUGGGUAGGCCCCGCUGAGCUGGGCAGGUUGGAAGCAGAGCUGGAGUGGAUGGAGGAGGGUGGGGAGACGGAGAGGCAGGUGUCUGAGAGGAAGGAGCAGUGAGGACUCUCGCCCCGGAGGAGCCUCAGGACAGGACAGGACAGGACAGGACCUUGUUCAGGCCUCCCAGGGAUGGGCAGGAGGACGCGCCCGUGAAGGACGACGGGUGGCUGAGGCGUGACCAGAGGGCGGCGCUGUGGCCAGGCAGAUGGGUGUGAGCGUUCACCAGCUGCCCUGUCCUGAGCCUGCUCCCCACUCCCACGGGCGUUUAGGGGUCCUGGGCGGGAUGGUGGCCCACGGGAACCUCAGAACACCACUUGGCGGAAGAGAAGAGGAGACGUGCAGGGGUGGCCACGUGCUGCUGGAGGAGCCCGAGCGACGUGGCCGGGAGCCCAGGAGCACCUGGGGCCCCGGGAGCUGGAAGAGGCGGGAAGGAGCCUCGGGAGGGGGCGCAGGCCUGCCCAGGCCUGAUUUAGACUUCUGGCCUCCAGACGGGGAGGGACCGAGGCACCCUGUCUGUGGAGCUCUGUCACGGCAGCCCCAGGACACUGGCAGUGUGACCGUCACAGCUGUCCCUCCAGGGAGACAAGGCCACACCUCCCAGAGGGAAGGAGUUGCCCGAGGAAGCAGCUGUACCCCCUGCUCCGGCCCCUGGGACCCACAGAGGAGCGUCAGAUCUGCCCGCGGCCAAGGAGACUGUGAAAACGCCUCCCCCUGACCCUUGGCUCCCGCUGUGGGGUCUCUGUGCAGCGGGUGGGGUGGCCGGGCUGGGCGUGUGCCGGGCAUGGCUGUGCCCGUGACCUGCUGGAGCCCCCAGAGGGAGCCCCUCGCCCGCUCUCGGCCUCAGUGGCCGGCUCCACCCAGUGAGGCACUUGGGCUCUGGCCCCGCAGGGAGGGAGGGGAAUUGGUAACUUUUGGUGGCUGUGGGUGACACCAGGAGCCGGUGAGAGGAAGGACAGGCGGGCAGGAGGGUGAGGACCGUUGCCCCCAGGUGACUGAUGUCUGGAGAUGUGUGUGGCCGUCACAGCUGGGCUGUGGGUGGUACGGGCGUCUUGCUGGCCGGGCCGGGGUGCUGCUGAAAUCCCACGUCUACACAGCAGCCACUCCCCACGGCUCUGGCAAAGAGCGAUCGUCCCAAGUGUCAACAGUGCGGCCCUUAGAAACCCUGGCCUCGGGGCUUCGGCAUCUGUCAGACCCGUUUUGGGCUCUUCUAAUCGUCACUGGCCUUGGGCAUAUCACAUGACCUCCCUGAGCCUCAGUUUCACUGUGUGUGAAACAGUCACAUUUCUACAGAAUUGGAGAUUUUUUCCUGGUCUGAUCCAGGCCAGUGUGAAAGCCUGGCCCAUCUGAGCACAGGACAGGGGAGAAGGUGGCUUUCCUGCCGUGAUUCUUGGGGCCCAGCUGGGGCCGGCGACUGGAGCCGUGCCCCUGACUCAGUGAGCAUACAGGAGGACGGGGCUGCAGACUGACCCCAGUUCCUUCCCUGCCUAGCUCCCCCCCACCCCUGGUGAGCGGAGCCCAGGUCCCCAGGUGGGGCCCAGAGCCGGUGGGAAGUCAGGGAGCAAGGAGAAUUGUGGUCCGACCCCGAUCUGUCUCUGGCGGGCCAAUGGGCUGGGGUAGCACCUGGCAGAGGGACGGGGCUGCACGUGUGUCCGUGCAUGUGUGUCCGUGUGGGGCAAGUGGAAGAGGAACAGAGCAUGGCUGAGGUUUGGCGGGGCCGCUCAGCCAGCGGCUGAUGCACUUCCCCAAGCCCGGGGCCCAGGCUGGAACCUGGGUGGUUCCCGGGCUCUCACAGCCUGGGGGCUGGGCGGUGGGCAGGCGGCCGGGCCUGGAGCUGGUCCAGGGAGGAGCUAAUGAUCAAAGCCAGGCGUGCUGGGCCAACCUCUCGCCACCGGCCCGGGGCGCAGGGAGGAAGUGUGGCAGGAAGCAGGGGGUGGUGGCAGCCGCGGUGCAGACAGCUGGGCUGUGGGCGGCCGGCCGGCCCGGCUGCCGGGACAGCCCGCGGGGCCAGCCAGCGAGGGGCCGGGAGCCGCCACCGGGUGCCUGGGGUCCUGCCGCCCACCCCUCCCCCCCCAGGGCGGGGAGCGGCGUCUGAGCAGCGGGAGCAGCGGCCAGCGGGCAUGCGGAGCCCCCGGUGCUGAUGGUGCCACCGCCCGUCAUGGAAGGCCCAGGGGACGCGGCUGGCGAGGGGCCGGCCCCGAUGGGGAGGGGGCCUGCGGGGCCCUCGGGAGGCGGUGGCCGCGGCCACGAGGUCCAGAGAGUGGCCGCGAGCGCGUCGGUCGCCUGGGAGCGCGUGGGGCCCGAGGAAGCCCAGGCUGUGGUCAGAGGUGAUGCCUCCCCGGCCCCUGGCGGCUCUGGGCCGGCUGCUGGGACCCCUCCCGGCCAGAUGGGAACCUGCCCCACAGACCUGACCCUGCAGCUGCUGGCCGUGCGGAGGAAGACGGGGCUUCCGGACCCCAGCCUGCAGCGGGCAAUGCGGGCCCGGCUCCGCCUGUUGGAGAAUGACGGCCGGGAAGUGGCCAGCGUGCUGGGGGAGUUGUCGGCCAGGCUGCUGUCUAUCCACAGUGACCAGGACCGGAUUGUGGUGUCGUUUAAGACUUUCGAAGAGAUCUGGAAGUUCUCCACUUACCACGCUCUUGGCUUCACUCACCAUUGCCUGGAAAACUUGCUCGUGGACCAGGCCUUCUGGCUGCUUGCGCCCAGCGAAGACGAGGAGACGACCAUCCAAGUCCACGUGGACCAGGAGGCCUUGACACGGACACAGGAGAUCCUCCUCGCCCAGGAGGGCCCUUUCUUUGUCCUGUGUCCCGACCACCACGUGAGAGUGACCACCAGCCCCCGGGGCGCAGGCCCGCAGCCCCCGAGGCGAGCCACGGGGGUCCCCCAGGGAGACGCAGCCCCGGCAGCGGACUCUAAGGCGCCCAGCCCCGGCACGUGCUCCCAGGACACGGCAGCGGUGGCCGCUCCGGAACCUCUGAUUCCAUUUCAUCAGUGGGCCCUCAGGGUCGCCUGGGACCCCAUCGACGACUCCGUGAGCGGCCCUGUGACGUCAGACGUUCCGCUGAUGGCGGUGGGCCUGGCCUCAGCAGUGGCAGACUACCAGGGCUCCGGGCCUGAAGAGCUGAGCUUCCGAGGCGGUGACGUCAUCGAGGUCCUGGGCGCCCGGGUGCCCGGCCUGCCCUGGUGCCUGGGCCGGCACACGGCCUCGGGCCAGGUCGGGUUUGUGCGCACGAGUGACAUCAGUGUGCAGGGCCAAGUGUCUGAGCUGGAAAGCGUGAUUUUUCUCGAUGAGGAAGAAAGGUCGUUCUUCAGCAACGAAGGGCGCUUCUCGGACGAGGACGCCAGGCAGUUGCUGAGGAGGAUGUCCGGCGCGGACACGUGCACCGUGUACAGCUUGGACAGAUUAGAAGAGACCGACUUUGAGCCGCUGGAAGAACAAGGAAGCGUAGCUGUUUGCUCGUUGGCUGUGUCUUCGGGUACGGACCCCAUCCAAAGCCAACAGCCCCGCACACGGGCACUUUUGGAAUCACCUCACCUGGACCCAGAGCCACACGAGACCCUACAGAAGGUGAAGAACAUUCUGGAAGAAUUCAAAUCCCGCCAGGACUGCCCCGAGGAGCCAGAGUCCUGGGGUCUCUGCGCGGCCUCCGGCGGCACGAGCCCACCGGACCCUGAGGAGCCCCCCUUCUGCUUGGACGCGGGGGCCGACCGGACCGACCCGGAGGCCCUGGGCUCGCUGCUGCUGUUCCUGGACGCGCCCGGCUACAAGGACUGCUUCCGCGGCCUGUAUGACCUCUCCCUGCCGGGGCUGAGCGCCGCGUGUGGCGGCCGCACCGACGAGGAGGAGCUGGCCGGGCUCCUGGCGCGGGCGCGGGGGGCGGCCAAGAAGGCCGGCCUCCCCAUGGCCCUCGCCAGAGCCUGCUUCCUCCUGGGGCGGCUGUGCGUGCGCCGGCUCAAGCUGUCCCAGGCCCGGGUGUACUUCGAGGAGGCGCUGGGCGCCCUGGGGGGCCGCUUCGGCGACCUCUUCCUGGUGGCGGCCGUGUACUGCAGCCUGGCCACCAUCCACCUGAAGCAGAGGAACAGAGACAGGUGCGCGCAGGUGACGCCCAAGGCCGCGGCCCUGCUGCUGGGGACGCCCGGCCACGGCUGCGGCACCGAGGCCGGGUCGGAGCUGCUGGCGCACGCCCUGCGGCGGGCCGUGGCCGGCCGGAGCCCGCAGGCCGAGGCCCGGGCCUGCUUCCUGCUGGCCAGGCACCACGCCCGCCUGCGGCAGCCCGAGGAGGCCCUGCCCUUCCUGGAGCGGCUGCUGCUCCUGCACGAGGCCUGGGGCUCCCCGGAGGCCGCCUGGCCCGCCGACUGCUACCUGCUCCUGGCCGACACCUACAGCCGGCGGUGCCUGCCGCGCCUGGCGCUGGGCUGCGUCAGGGCGGCCUCGCUGCGGGCCCGGGCCUCGCUGCGCGGCUCGCUCCGGAGCGUGGACCUGGUCCUGCGCAACGCCCCCCGCCUGCCCCGCCCGCCCUCCCAGGCCGCGCCCCACCUCCGGCGGGCGCUGGCCUCCCUGGGCCCGGGCGCGGGCCGGGCGCUGCGCGGGCCCCUGUGCGCCAGCCUGGCCCGGCUGCACAGCGGCCACGGCCAGCACGGCAGGGCCGUCGCCCUGAUGGCGCAGGCCGCGGAGGCGGCCGCCGGGGCCGGGAGCCGCCUGGCGCUGGACUACCUGCUGAUGCUCGCCUGGCUGCACGUGCUCGGCGGCCGGAGCCCGGCGGCCCUGGGCGUCCUCGAGUGCGUGCGGGACGGGGCGGUGGCCGGCGCGGAGCAGGAGGGCGUGAUGGCCAACAUGGCGGCCGUGGCGCUGACGAGGACGGGCAGGACCCGGCAGGCGGCCGAGGGCUACUACCGCGCCCUGCGGGUGGCGCGGGGCCGGGGCCGGCGCAGGAACCAGGCGGUGGCGCUGGCCAACCUGGGGGCCCUGUGCCUGCGGGCCGGCGCCGGCGGCCUGGCCCAGCACUACUGCCGGGAGGCCGUGAAGCUCUUCUCCCGGCUGCCCGGCGGGGAGGGCGGCCAGGACUUCACCUGCGUGCUCCUGCGGCUGGGCCGCCUGUGUGCCCGCAGGGCCCGCGCCCGGCAGGCCAAGUGCUACUACGAGUGGGCCUUUCUGGUCGCCGCGGAGAUGGACCACCUGGAAGGCCAGCUGCGUGCCGUCCAGCGGCUUUGUCACUUCUACAGCACGGUCAUGCCCAGCGAGGCCCAGUGCGUCGUCUACCAUGAGUUCCAGCUGUCGCUGGCCCGCAGGGUGGCGGACAAGGUGCUGGAGGGGCAGCUCCUGGAGACCAUCAGCCGGCUCUACCUGUCCCUGGGCACCGAGCGGGCCUACAGGUCCGCUCUGGACUACACCAAGCGCAGUCUGGGCAUUUUCAUCGACCUGCAGAAGAAGGAGAAGGAGGCGCACGCGUGGCUGCAGGCGGGGAAGAUCUAUUACAUCCUCCAGCAGAACGAGCUGGUGGACGUGUACCUCCAGGUGGCCCAGAACGCAGCCCUGUACACGGGGGACCCCAACCUGGGGCUGGAGCUGUUUGAGGCGGCUGGGGACAUCUUCUUCAACGGGACCUGGGAGCGGGAGAAAGCCGUGUCCUUCUACCGGGAUCGGGCGCUGCCCUUGGCCUCCACCACAGGGAACCAGGAGGCCGAGCUGCGUCUGUGCAACAAGCUGGUGGCACUGCUGGCCGAGCUGGACGCGCCCCGGGAGGGCCUGGAGUUCGCCCACAUGGCCCUGGCGCUCAGCAUCACCCUGGGGGACCGGCUGAACGAGAGAGUGGCCUACCACCGGCUGGCCGCCCUGCACCAUCGGCUGGGCCACGGCGAGCUGGCGGAGCAUUUCUACCUCAAGGCCCUGUCGCUCUGCAGCUCGCCCCUGCAGUUCGCCGAGGAGACGCUGUACUACGUGAAAGUGUACCUGGUGCUCGGGGACAUCAUCUUCUACGACCUGAAGGACCCCUUCGACGCGGCGGGGUACUACCAGCUGGCCUUGGCAGCGGCCGUGGACCUCGGCAACAAGAGGGCCCAGAUGAAGAUCUACACGCGCCUGGCCACCAUCUACCACAACUUCCUCCUGGACCGCGAGAAGUCCCUCUUCUUCUACCAGAAGGCCAGGACCUUCGCCACCGAGCUCAACAUCCGCAGAGUCAACCUGGCCCCGGGCCGGUGCUGGGGGCGGGCGCCCUGGCUGGUCCCCGGCCCCUCGCCCUGAGGUCCCCUGUCCACCCUGGCUGGCCCCCGGCCCCUCGCCCUGAGGACCCCUGUCCGCCCGGCUGGCCCCCAGCCCCUCGCCCUGAGGUCCCCUGUCCGCCCUGGCUGGCCCCCGGCCCCUCGCCCUGAGGUCCCCUGUCCGCCCUGGCUGGCCCCGGCCCCUCGCCCUGAGGACGCCUGUCCGCCCUGGCUGGCCCCCGGCCCCUCGCCCUGAGGUCCCCUGUCCGCCCUGGCUGGCCCCCGGCCCCUCGCCCUGAGGUCCCCUGUCCUCGCCUCUCCUAGUGUCUCUGGGAGGCUCAUUUUCUGGGAAACAGAGGCAGGACGGUAGGGGUCUGAUAGCCAUAAACGAUUUUGCGGCAGCCUGCCAAAGCCCACAAGGCCCCCUCCCCUGGCCUACCGCCUGGGGAGCGUCCAGGGACCAAGCCCCUUCCCCGGGGGCCCGCCCUGCUGCUGUGAGCUGGAAGGACUGAGUCAGACCCACCCGGGCCAGGUCCCCCUGCCGGCCCCGCGCGGUGUGGCCUCAGGCAAAUCACGCCCCUCGCACCCAUUUCCUGGCCUGUCAGAGCGGAAGGCGGUGGUGGGAUCCCCUGGGCAUCUUCCCCCUUCCCCGUGCCCUCACUGUGUGUCAGGCUCUGUGCUCUGCCUUUAACCCUCACGCCGACCUCACCGGGCCCGCACCGUUGGGUCUGUUAUUGUCUCCAUUUCCGGCCGAGGCACAGAGAGGGUAGGUGCCCUGCCCGCCGUCACACAGCAGAUAGGUGGGGCAGAGCCGUAACCACUGUACCACCUGCCCGCCUGCCUCGGGGGGAUGUGUCAGCAUCAGGACCCAGGGGCGCGUCCUGGAAGAAGGUGUUAGCAUGUCAUUGCACCUCUGCCCCUUCCUGCGUCCCGAAGGCGAGCGAGGGGAACACAGCCCACACGUUCUGUCACCUGAGAGUCCUCUGGCCCAGCCCGGCCGGUCCCACCUGCACCCGCCAGCCAGCCAGGCCGGGUGGGGGGGGGGGGGGUGGCCUCCAGCCCUGUGCGGAAUGUGCUGCUGUGAGUGCGUCUAGGGGCUCAUCUGGGCCCCCACGUGCCAGGAACCCUCCAUUUAUAGUCAGGGAAACUGAGGCUCAGAGAGGCCGUGGGCGUCCCAAGUGGUUCUCACCCGCACGGCACUGUUCCGAUCUCUUUUUCUUUAAUUUAUUUUGUCAAACAAGGUGACAUUCACGUAAGAUAAAAUGAACCAUUGAAAGUGA